UAAUACCGAUAGUUGCCAUUACCACGGACGGAAGGUUUACGAAUCGAGCGAGAUAGUUUGGUAAAGUUUGGUUAUGUUUGGCUGGUGCGAAGGACGAAUGCACACUUCGUAUACUCUUUUUGACGUUUCUGUCAACAUUGGAAAAAAAUGGGCUUGUUUGGAAAAUCCCAGGAAAAGAAUCCAAAAGAAAUGGUUCAAGAAUGGACACAUAAAUUAAGGAAAGAAGGUUUUCAACUCGAUAGACAGGUUAGAGCAAUUCAGCGAGAAGAAGAAAAAGUGAAACGUUCUUUGAAGGAAGCAGCAAAGAAAGGUGACAAGGAUGUCUGUAAAAUUCUCGCAAAAGAGAUAAUACGUGCACGCAAAGCUUGUAACAAAAUUUAUACAUCGAAAGCUCAUAUGAAUUCUGUAUCCUUACAAAUGAAAAAUCAACUGGCAACGAUCAGAGUCGCAGGUUCGGUUUCGAAAUCUACAGAAGUGAUGCAAGCGAUGCAGUCGUUGGUCAGAGUACCCGAAGUAGCUGCCACGAUGAGGGAAUUGUCAAAAGAAAUGAUGAAGGCUGGUAUCAUCGAAGAAAUGUUAGACGAAACGAUGGAUUCUAUCGAAGAUUCGGAGGAAGUGGAAGACGAAGCGGAUGAAGAAAUAGAUAAAAUCUUGUGGGAAGUCACCGCAGGUCAGUUAGGUACAGCACCCGCGGUUGUUACGGAAACUCCCGGUUCGGUAGUAGCGUCUACAUCUGCCGACGAAGAACACGAAGAGACAGAUGACAAGGAGCUUGAAGAAAUGAAAAUGAGACUACAAAGUCUUCGUAGUUAGCUGCGAUAUGUAAAUAAUUUAUCGAUACCAACUUUCAGUGUUAAUAUCAGCUUGAUAUAUUUUAAUAAUAUUUCUAGAAAAUUUUCAAAACAUGCUACACAUUAAAUAACCAAAAACAGCAGAGAAACAUUCAUCUUCUCUGCAGUUUUUCUAUCCAGUUUUGGUAAUCUAUACAUAAUCUGUAGGAUACCGUUAUAUGUUUACUAUCGACAAAGUCAUAAUUACAGAGAAGCUGGCUUCUUGAUUAUACUACAUUGAAAUAUGUACUGCUUAAUUUAAUGAUUGCAAAAUCUUGUAUUAAUAUGUAUUAUAUGUAAACGAUGAUUCUGAUUAUCGA